AUGGGCGAGAACAACACUGAGGGGAACAACACGCAGGAGAAUAACACUAAGCAGAACCACAACACCAGCCAGUCCAGCCACGUCGGCCACUCGAUCCUCCGCCUCAUCUCCCUCACCACCGCCAUCGCCGGCCGUCAACCCAGCUCCUACGACGUAGCAUCAAAACCCGGCAUAACCGGCACCUGGAUCAAAACAAUCUACCGCCUCAUCGCCCACUCCGACACCUCCGCCCCAAAGUUCCCGUCCAUCCUGACCGACGACAGGUUGCGCAUCAGCCAGCCCCCCCUCACCACAUACCCAACCCUCCCCAGCACGAUCGAAGCCCAAUUUAAACCCCAAAACCGCCACGGCCGCCCACUCUUCCUCUACCUUGAAAGCAGGCUCAGAAACAUGCGAAAAACCCUGCGUAAUCUCACCAACAUGCUCAGCGACGCGGACGACAGACUCCGCUACCUAUCCGAGGUGAUCAGCCUCCUCCAGUCUCUCCACCGCUACGCCAGAGACAGGCUGAGCAAGCCGUUUGAUCCAAUGGAGUUGGACGAAGAAGAACUCGAGCAUCUGAAGCGUCAGAUGAUGGUUCUGCAAGCCAUGCCUGAGCCCGAGGCGAGGACGGCUCUCGCGCCCGUGAUGGAGAAGACGGAAACAGACUUGGAGUGGGAAGCGCUGCAGGAGAGCACGACAUGUCAGGAAAGCCAGAGAGCCUGCGACUGGUUGCAACGCAAAGUCAUCAGGCCGUUGCUGCGGAGGAGGAAGAAUUGGAACAGCUUCGUUAAUUAUCUCGAGGACAAGGGGGAGGAUCUCUAUUAG